GCACAGCUCACGCCACUUAUUCCUCAUUUUGACUAAAGGAAAAGUCCCACAUCCAUUCAGCACACCACGGAUUCUUCAUCUUACAAAACGGCAAGACAAGACCCUGCCACUACCAAAGAAAACAGCAGAACUGCUAUUACACUCCGGCAUUACCAUUCAGAGUCAUGAUCCUAUUAAUAUGUAAAGCUACUAUGCUGCCUUUUCCCAUGAAUCACAACGAGCAUUGUUUUGAAUUUAAAUUGAAACAAUUAUCGGUCCUUCUGAUGUUUCAGGUAGCCAGUAAACUAGCAUAUCCAAACCAGCUAAAGAAGUCUUCCCGUGUGUUUUACACCCUGACAAUUUACUAACACCUGCAUAAAAUACCUCGUGUCACAUAUGAGCACACGUGUACAAUCAUAAGAAAUUAGGAGGAUGUGCCUGGAAUAAAGUUGAUCUUGUGGAUAUAUUUUUGUAUGUAUGGAGCUUUAUCCUGAAGCUUUUUCAAAACCUUUUAGUUUGUAAGUACCAGACCACGAAAAUAGCUAGGCAUAAAUAUACAUUGUACAGCAGCAAAUUUAAAUGUGCCUGGAGGCACGUUUGCAGACAACACUUGGCGGAAGAAGACUUAAUAAAUAAUAAUGAAAAGAGUGACAACUUAGGAAACGUUUAAGAAUGAGAUGACGUAUCUAUUAGUGGGGCAAAAUCCUUGACCAAAUUCAAGAUCUGACCCAUCUGUCAAAUACAGCCUGCCAUGCAUUAAGGGAACAAGGAAAGCCAGGUGCAUGCUCUCUGUAUGGAGCUAUGUUGGUACUCAUCACCACCAUCCCCUGCCCAAACAGUAUGCUAGUGGCAUGAAAUUGUUACCAAAGUCAACUCGCUCAAAGCUGAAGGGGUGGAAAACAUCCUCACUCUUGAAUCUUGUCAUAAUACUUAUAACAAAGGACUAAAACGUUUUCCACAGAAAACCUAAUGAGAAAUAUGCACCCCAUCCAAAGCAGAGUGCAGUCUGGAGACAAGCACCCUGAAAGUAAAAAUUGCUAAGUACUGCCAAGGCACUUGCACAUGAAUGAAGUGGCACAAUUCCAGUGAGCAAGAAUGGGUGGAAAACAUCCUGAGAAGUCUACGCCUUUGCCAAGUCCAUGAAUUUAUUCCUUGAUACUCAUGCCCCACUCUUAGGUAAGCAGCCUUACAAGAAGACAGAGGGGUUUUGGAGUCAGCCUUUUGUGCUGGUGCAGCUGAAAAUGGGACAGAGAUCUCAAAACACAAAAAGUAUGUUGGUGGGAGGCAGUGGGGAGGGGAUGCUACAAAGACAUUUCAUACCCUAUUUUAUUCCAAGCCUUUUCACUUGCAGCAAAACAUCAAUUUUUGCAUUUAUAGGGAGAUAUCUAGCUAGGGAGAUAUCUAGCUACAACAAUGUCUGUUAGAAUUUGAGCUGAGUCUACACUACAACACCUUCCCGAGCCAUUCACCAGUUUCAGUCAAUCCUUCCAGAUUUCUCACGAUGCUGGGGAAAAUACAAAGCCCCAAGAAAACCAACCACCUUGCUCUCCCGAGCUGACGCCGGGCACCCUGGGGUGAGCCGGCACCUGAUGGGGAGCCCCUUGGCAGUCCCUCCUCCCCGACCAACCCAGGCACCAAGCUCUCGGGAGAACGCUGGCCACCCAAGUCCUUCCACAGAGCCACUCCAGAAUCCUUUUUUUUUUCCUUCCCUCCUUUUUUUUUUUUUUAUUUUUUUUUUUUUUUUUUUUUUUACGGAUUUCCUCCCCGCGGAUGAGCGGCUCUUUCCACGCGCACUGCCAAGGUCCAUCCUUCCGUCCCUGGCCGCGCACCCGGCACUGGGCGUGUAACCGGGGCCCUAUGUAACCCCCCGCCGGCUCUGCCCCGCCGCAGCCGCCGCCCUCGGGGAGCCCCGACGGCCUCUCCCCGCUCCUCGGGUUCCUUCUCCUGCCGGCCCGGGACCUGCCGCCGGCCUCCCCCGGGAUGCCUCCUCCCCUGGCGGCCGGCCAGCCGCCCGCACCCUGCUCUCCGCGCUGAGGCCGCGGAGCCCUGCGCCGCCCGCGGAGAGCCCGACGGCAGCUCCGGGAGCAGAAAGCGAAAGUACCUGCGGCCGGCGGAAGCCCCAUGGGAACAGCAAAGCCCGGCCGAGCCGCAGCCGGGUCUGACAGCGCCGCGCCCCCCGACGGCAACCGCCCGGGGUGCUGAGCACCCCCCUCUUCUCCCGCUCCCCCCCGUCGCGGCUCCGCUCGCCCCCAGGCUCGCCCCCUGGCACCAUGGGCGAGACGGCGCCGCCACCAUGACCGCCGAGCCGCCGCCGCUGCUCCCUGCCACCCCCCCGGCGGACCAUGUCCCAUGCCUUUUUUAGAUCUAUCUUUCGGGUUCUGCCACUACUUCUUGUUCUGUCACCAGUGAAUUCAUCUAGUUGUACAAUGGGAAAUAAAACAGCUGAGAUCCGUGUGAAGUAUGAGAAUAUACUAAGCCACGACAUCGAUGAGCUGGUAAAUAUGUCAGCAGAGUAUCGUGACAGGUGCUGCAAGAAUAAAAAACAUGAACAUAGCAAGGUGUUCUUCUGCAAUGAUACUCAGGAAAUAGAAUCACUACAGAGUAUGGCAUGCAACAUGCUCAAAUUCUUUAAUAAGCAAAAAAUCAGCAAAGAAUUUAGAUGGAAAGCAGCAUUAGUCUCAUGUGGGACGUUACAAGUUCUACAGUGCAAAUGUGAAAGACAUAAAAAAGAAAAGGUUUGCACGCAGAUAAACACACAUAAUAAUGAAGAUAGAGAAACAGGUGAACAGUCAAAAAAGAAAUGUAACCACGAAUUUUGUGAACUGAAAGAGAAUAUAUCUAGCCUUCGAUCCUGCUGGAAUAAAUUUGAAAAAAUAAUUUCCAGGUGAUUCCAGAUGAAUCCUGCUCUUUUCUUUCAAAGUGGCAUUACUUGGUAUCUUUGCAUUUCAUAUGCAUCCUAUGAGUAACUCUGUUUGCUUACAUGAAUACCGGAAUUCGGAUGUAAAGCUACCGUAUUUUGAUCCUGGAGAUGGAAUAAAUAGAAACAGCUAAACCAAGCUGCUAAAGUCCGAGAAGGGGAAAUAGAGACCAGUGUUUGAAACAAAAAAACUCCGGAGAAGGUUGUGUCCCACCUUCGUGCUCUGGAAAGUACUUUGAAUUUUCUGAUCUUCUGAGUGACUUUGUAAUACCUUCAUAUGAAAGCAAUCCACUUAGAUGUCUACUGCAAUUUAUAAAAAAAUCUUAGAAGCUGCAGGCCAAAAAAAAAAAAAAAAUCAGUAUGGAAGAGCAGCUGAUUUCUUUCUACCUAUAGAAAACACAUCAAGGACCAAAAUGAACAAUUUACCAAACAAGCAGCAGCUCUUGAGUUUGUUCUGCUAAUGCAAUAAUGUUUUCAGUGUGAGCAUCUAAUGGGUUCACAAAUUGAUUUAGGUUUGAAAAAUGGGAAAAAGGUAAACUGUUUUAAAAACCUUGGAAGGGUAGUGAUUUUUGAGAGAUUUAGCACAGUUCUGCUGGCUGAAGCAGAGGCAAGACAGCGAGGCAUACGGAAGGCGAGAAAUGGGAUGCCUGAAUGUAAGUUUGCUCAGCUGACUGGAAACAGCAAUAGCGUUAUGCAUUUGGUUAUUGGAGUCAGCUGACAGAGGACCUAGAAUUUCUUACCUUUGGAUUGUGAUUUCUUAUAUGCAAUUAUUUUAUAUAACGUGUUUAACGUGUUAGAAAAACGUGACUCAAAAUGUGUGAAUACUUUCAGAGAAUAAUAUAUUGGCAUUUAACUAAUAAAGUGUUCAUAUUUAAUUUUGGAUAAAUAGAGGUAUUUUUAUAGAUGUUUAUAACUCUUUUGCAGUUUCUUACAUUGAUAUAACUCCUUUGAUAAUAAAAUAUUUGUCUUCUA